CAAGAGCAGUACGAAAUUGAAGAUUCCGCACUCUUGUGCACGAUUUGAGCUUGAAAACUUAAUUCGACGCAAUAAAAUGCCAAUUUCCAACUGUUUCGGUUCAAAGGUAGCGGUGACUUCAGUACUCUUGGUGCUUGGAAUCAUUUUUGACACCAGCCAGUCGCUGCUUCACGAAUACUGGCAUCAUUCCAAGCCAUUACAUUCCUCCUACCAAAGACUUGAUUGGGGCGAUUCCAAACAUUUCACCUUUCUGUCCAACAGACUAGAAACUUCGCUUGGCAUUGCUUCCGAUGGCUACGAUUCCGUCGAGGCAGGAUCUAGAGUAGAAGGCGACCCUCAUGUAGAAACAGUUUUAUUUGUUGAAUGCGGAUUUGGAAAUGACAGCCACGGUAAGUUUUAUAAAAUUGAUGGCAGCAGUCGCUGACGCGAAACAACCUCUCUCGGUGAUUGAUUCUGUUUUUCUCUAUUUUCAUUUGUAUUUUAGGCCAGUCAGCAACAAAAGCGGCCGUGAGGGCGUGCAGAAACUCCAUAGAAUUUAAUUCCAUUCCAUCUGUGAGUCGACUGAUUCCAAAUGGGUACCAAGGCUUGAAAUUGGAUGUGUUACUCGCAGUUCCUCCCAAAUACAAGGAUUCUUUGGAUCUUUCUGAGGUUCAAAAGGUAUUCCCGUAUGGGUCUGUCCGAUUUCAGAUUCAAGACGGAGGAAUGGUGGCCCCUAGUGGCAUUGCGAUAGAGAAGCUUGGAGAUCAAAACGAAGAUAUGGUUGUGGUGUGCGCAGCAGUCACUGUAGGUUACUAAGAACGAAGGAAAGUAGAAUCUAUUGGAAAAUUCAGAACUAUAAUUCUAAUGAAUAUAUUGCUUUAUUAUGC